AGACUGCAGCGCUGAUCAUUGUGCCUCACACUUUCAAACUCGUCAUUUCACAACACUGAGGCGAGGAAACGAGCCAGCGCUAUCAACACUGCUGCCCCGAGGGCUCUUCCUACUCAAGUCCUGAGAGCCACAGAGGAACCUGGGAAUACCACUGCAAAAUGAAGAACACUAUCGAUUCGAAAACAUUUACGAGCUUCUCUUUUUUAUCGUUUGUGCCUCGGUAAACUGGUUGACGGAUCAUACCUUUAUUUCCAGAUCACGGCGAUGAAAAUAACAUCAGACACCGCAGCGUUGAGAUAAAGACCGAUCUUGCCUUUAAAAUUAUCGGAACAGGGGACAUCAUGCAAGGACGACAGCAGAGCUUCACUGCGAGUUUUACAUCGGUGUAUAGCCUUAAAUAAAAAGAAUCGUAGGCUAUUAGGCUACUGAUAAAAAGCACGACUGCACGCGCUUCAGUCGCAGACCCAUCCCGGUUCCGCAAAGAAACUCAACCCAAAAGUGUGGAAGAGCUCCAUGCAUUCAAAAAGGGAGAGGAGAGGAGCGCUGUCCCGUGCUGGAUGGAUGGUUAUGGGGAAAGGAGCAGGACCAUCGGCGCUACAAGUCUGCCAAUUCCUUGUUCUGUUUCUCUGUUUGUUUCCAGCAGCAACUCUGCAGUGUAAGAUCCUCAAGUGUAACUCCGAGUUCUGGGCCUCCACCUCCAGAUCUGGCCCAGAAGAGGAUCCCUGCACGGCUCUGCGAGCAUACAACAACUGCGUCCGUCGCACCGCCCGUAACUGUCGAGGUGACCUGGCCUACCAUUCAGCCCAACAUGGUAUAGAGGAUCUCAUGAGCCAACACAACUGCUCCAAAGAAGGGCCCACAACCCAGCCUCGUGCCCGCACACCCCUGCCCCCAGUACAGCCACCACCCCAACCGGACAUCCACGUUCCCUCUGAUGGGCCAGAGGUGUGCCAUUAUGAGCGGAGUCUACCACGCGAUGCUGCGCCUCCCAAUUACACUCAUUGCGGCUUUUUUGGGGACCCACAUCUCCGCACAUUUAACGAUGACUUUCAAACCUGUAAAGUUGAGGGAGCCUGGCCACUGAUUCACAAUAAGUACCUGUCUGUGCAGGUUACGAACACUCCUGUUGUGCCUGGAUCUUCUGCUACGGCUACUAGCAAGUUAACAAUCAUCUUCAAGAACUUCCAAGAAUGUGUAGACCAGAAGACGUACCAUGCUGAAACUGACGAGCUUCCAGCUGCAUUUGCUGAUGGUUCAAAGAAUGGAGGGGACCGCCAUGGGGCCAACACCCUGCGUGUGGUAGAGAAGGUGCCCGGACAACACGUGGAGAUCCAGGCACGCUAUAUUGGCACCACUAUUGUAGUUCGGCAAGUUGGCCGCUACCUCACCUUUGCGGUGCGGAUGCCAGAGGAGGUUGUGAAUUCGGUGGAGGACCAGGACAACCAGGAUCUUUACCUCUGCCUGCAUGGUUGCCCUGCCAACCAGCGAAUAGACUUCAGGACCUUCAGAGCGCGGGCAGCAGAGAGCCACGGCUUAGGCAGGGGACGGCCAGGCAGUCCUAACCCUGGCUUCACUUAUCAGUCAGCCAUGGCCAAGUGCAAAGAACGUCUACCAGUGGAGGAUUUGUACUUCCAAUCCUGUGUUUUUGACCUUCUAUCUUCUGGGGACAUUAACUUCACCCUGGCGGCCUACUAUGCCUUUGAGGAUGUUAAAAUGCUCCACUCCAACAAAGACAAAUACCACCUCUUUGAAAAGGAUACAAUAUUCAACUCUGCCUCCGAAAAAUUCGGUUUUAGUUUCCUAGUCCUCAUCAGCCUCGUUGUCGUACAGUUAUGGACUGACUCGUGUUCCAUUUGUCUGUAGUCCCCAUUGGACAUUCUUGUUAGAUGGUUGUAAGAAGCUGUAUGCAUGUGAAAUGCUACUCUCACUGUGUUGUCUUCCAUCUACCAGAGGCUGGGCUUCUCAGCUAGAGCCCGAGCUUCUGCUGAGGGCUUUCACACUUGUGUGUCUUGUAUCACGCCAUGGACUCAUCUCUUAUCAUCACGUAUGUUCAUUCAUAAGGCCAGAGCCGAAGCGUUCCUAGAGAGACCAGCCAUCUCUGCUGAUCUCAUAACUGCUCAAUGACAGAGAAGGCAGUGCUGAGAGGGCCUAAGACUCAGGUCAGAUGAAACCAUCCUUGCUCUCACCAGAGUGACGCGCCACUGACAGGAGUGAGAGACGGAUGAUCCUUUGCAGAAAGAAGAGUUUGGAGAUGGUCUUCAGUUCACUUGAUGCCAAGUGAGAGGUGAAGUAUGUCUCCCGGAGCCAGGUUGAAGGACAUGACAGGAGCUUUUAUUAACGUCUCCAAACAAUGGAGGGCCAGCAGGAGUUCUUUCUUUGAAGAAGCUCCAGAUUUGGAAAAAGUAGCUUUCUAGUGAAAGCCCCCUGGCCAAGGCCAUGUCAGACUAGUAAGUCGUGUUGUCUACAGAGAAGAUUAAUAGGCCAUAACAUCAGGCCUUUUGUAUAGUUUGUCUAUGUGUGUGCAAGAGAAAGAUGUGUUAUUGUGUGGGUGAUUAUAUGAAUGCUUGUGAGUGUGUGUGUGUGUGUGUGAAGUGUUUCAUAAUAGCUGUAUAUUGCACCCAGGGUCCUAAUGUAGCUCUGGUGUGGUGGUUCAUGGGUCAGUAAGAAGUUUUACUGCCUGCCAAGAGCUCUUUCCUACAUUUUAAAUAUAAAAAGGGGUGUCAAGCAGACUUUAAACUACACUCCAUACUGCUUAGGUGUUAUAAUUUUGAAAAA